AUAAUUGCACUAAAAAUUUGAACUUCUGUACAUAAACAGAAAAUCUCACACAUUUUUUUCUCGCCUUUCGCCUUGCAGCCUUUCACUUCGAUUUUAUUGCUUUAUUUCUUUUUUCCUAAUUGUUCAUACACACACACAUACACACUCUUAUAUAUAUAGACGUACCAAAAAAAAAAAGAAACUCAAUGGUUUCUUUAGAAAGAAAAUUGGCUAACAUUGUUGGAGGCAAAUCAGCUAGGGCUUGCGACAAUUGUGUUAGAAAACGUGCUACAUGGUAUUGCACUGCCGACGACGCAUUCCUAUGCCAAUCAUGCGACUCCACGGUCCAUUCUGCGAACCCUCUGGCCCGCAGGCACGAGAGGGUUCGCCUCAAGACCGUGUCGUCGCUCAAAACCUUUGGCGACGGACUCAGAAUCUCCGUGCCCGCCUGGCACCGGGGGUUCACCCGGAAGGCCCGGACCCCGAGGAAGGGCAAGCAUGCCAAGUACGGCCCUGCCGACGGACUCGUCAGCAGCAGCCGUACUCACGUCGUGCCGGAGAUCUCCGGCGAGGAGCACUCCCACGACGAGAGCAACGAGGAGCAGCUGCUCUAUCGGGUCCCCAUAUUUGACCCGUCUGUUGCCGAAUUAUGCAUCUCGGUGAAUUCCAACGAGUCCGCCAACGGUAACCCGAAUGACGGGGAGAUCACGCCGGGUUCGGGCCCCGGAUCCAAACCCGAGUUCAAUGAAUUUAGUGAAGAUGAUAUGGCGCAUGUCCACGGGUUUCUUCCAUCGGAAAUGGAUCUUGCUGAAUUUGCGGCUGAUGUUGAGAGCUUGCUAGGGAAAGGGCUCGACGACGAGGCGUUCGACAUUGAAGGGCUUGGGAUCUUGGAUGACGAGAGGGAGAGAGAAAGUUGUUUGGGAAGUGAGAGAGUGAAAGUUGAAGAUGAGGAGAUUGAUCACCUAAAUAUUGAUGGUGAAUAUAUUGGUGUUGGGAGAGAAACUUUCGAGCUGAAUUUCGACUAUGAUUCUCCGAUAAAUGGUGAAGAAGAGGAGGUAGAAAACAAAGAAAUAAGCAUGGAGAAGAUCCUGAGGAGCAAUUUCGAAGAUUCUAAUAAAGUGUAUGAUGCGAAGAAGAUUUUCUUGAGGCUCGACUAUGGAGGCGUUAUGUCCGCGUGGGACGAUGAAAGGUCGCCAUGGACUACGGGGGAGCGGCCGGAAUUGAACCCCGACGAUUGUUUGUCGGACUGCUUGGGCACGUGCGGGGUGGUAUACGCGAUGGGCGGGCAUGUAGCGGCGGCAGGGGGCGACGGAGGUAGAGAAGCGAGGGUGUCGAGGUACAGAGAGAAGCGGCGGACGAGGUUGUUUUCCAAGAAAAUAAGGUACGAGGUUCGGAAAUUGAAUGCUGAGAAGAGGCCUCGGAUGAAAGGGAGGUUCGUGAAGAGAGCAAAUUUUGUGCCAUCUGCAGCUUUCGCUUUGAUCAAUAAAUAGGCUUCAUUUUAACUCUCAACUCUUGUGCCUAACUAUAUGUUUAACUGCCUUAAUAUUUAUGGCGAUUUUGUACCGACUAUGGCAUUUCUUCCCUAUAUCGUUUGCAGUCAAAGGUAUUUGUCUGGCA